CAGUUAGCAGUGCUAUUGACAUGCUGUAUGGAGAAGGCAUUUAUGCCAGGCAGCAAGACUGAGUUUGUAUAGACUUAAAGCAUUUGGAUGCUACAAAAGACCUAGCAGUUGAAGCUCUUAAAAAGGUGGCUGAUGCUUAUGUGCAAAUGACUUCAUUCACGUUAAUUAAUCAGGGCCCGAAUGAACCCUUUGUCGAUUUUAUCACCAGGUUAGAGGCUAUAGCACGCCAAGUCCAACAGAAGGAAAGCCAGGACAUUCUGUUUAACAAGCUUGUAAUUGCAAAAGCUAAUGAAAACUGCCAGCAAGCCUUAAAAAUGCUAAAAGAACCCAGCUUGCUGGAGAUGAUUGAAGCUUGUAAAAACGUGGGAUCAGUAUCUCACAAAGCUAAACUGAUUGUGGAAGCUUUAACUGGACUACAGCAAUGUUUCAACUGCGGCCAGAAGGGGCACUUGAAUAAACACUGCCCUAAACUAAACACCACACCUGAGCUUCCAAAGACACUGUGCCAGCGAUGUGGAAAAGGGAGACAUUGGACUAGAGAUUGCAGAUCCAUCACUAAUAUCCAUGGGGAACUGCUGCCACCAAAAAAGUCACCUGAUUUAAAAAGAAAAGUGACUUUUAAUUCACUGCCAGACCUCAGACAGUGCGACUGUGAACUGUAAGGAAACAGCGGGGCGAGCGCCCAGGGCGGCGCUAUGACACAAACACCCCCUCAGCUGUGUUCCAUCCUUUGCAGCCCGUCCUUUCAGCAAGUGCCAGCAAACCACAGCAUUUAGAAUGGAUUAUGUUAAGCCUACCAUUCCCUGCAGUUCAACUUAAAUAUGAUGAACAAAUUAUGCAAGUUACACUCACAAAUAUCUGCGACCCUGACCCUGAGUUGGACCCCGAAGAAACCUAACUGGUCGUCUCACAGUUAGCAGCACAAGUCAACUGUUUUCCAGUGGCAAAGAUGAUGUGCUUACUGACAAAUGCACGCAUCCUUUUCCCCUCAUCACGUGGGGGAAAGGACACGCCUGUGUUUCCACAGGCCCAAAGUGGGUUCCAGCAAAAAGAGUCAAGAUCUACUAGGAUCCACCAUGUGUUACACCUGUGCCUGCCUCCUCAUCAUCCUCCUCGACAUAGGAAUCGAGCAAAGAACAUCGGAAACUGCAGCUGGGCUUCCAAACUGGGCUUAUGCCAAUUCAGAGAACAUCUGGGUAAAAUUAGCUCAGGAGACAGGAAAUAAAGCCAUCUGUCUGUCCCUGUUGAACAUUAAUAACCUGUUUCAGACAUGUUUAAUUGGAAUACCUACAAAUGAAGGUUCAAAGGUACACUUUGAAUCUCCCUCAUAUGGGACUGAGGAGCCCAUGGAAAUUGAAAUUAUGGGAUCAAUAAUUACAAACUGUUGUUUUCUCUUUACAACAAGGACCACUGUAAAAGCUUACAGCCACAAAGUAACUCCCUGUAAAGAGAUCUAUCAAAACACUUCCCUUUGGUGCAACAACACCAUGCCCGAAAAAAUAGUCACUGAGAUUGUCGGCUCAAAACCAAUGGUGUUACCAGAAGGAAAGUUUUUAAUCUGUUGUGAGAGAGCCUGGGCAGAUGUCCCCUCUUACCCAGUAGGAGGCCCCUGUACCAUAGGGCAGCUCUCCCUCUUUAACCCCAGCAAAUUCCUUUUCUCAAACCAAAUUCCAUCAGCACCAAAUCAAUCCAAAAGAUCCUCCCCUUAUAAAUCAGUGAGCAAUAUUUAUCAGCCAGUCCCAGAGUACUGUGACCCUCGUACCCCCUUAUGGUCCAAAACCAUGAAUUUUUGGAGCGCCUUUGUGGUGCUCCCAGGGGUUGGUACAGCGCUUGCCCUUGGUCUCUUAACACCUCUGAGAUGCUGGAUGGCAAAAGAGGCUAAUGCCACUAGCAUCGCCCUGGAGGGCUUGGCUAAAGACACCCUAAAACUGAAGGAGGUAUCCCUCAAAACAGGGCCACAAUAGACUUCCUCCUUUUAAUGCAUGGCCAUGGGUGUCAGGAGUUUGAAGGCAUGUGCUGUCUCAACUUCUCUGACCACUCCCAAUCCGUGUUCAAAAGCAUCAAAGAGUUACAAAAUCUGGUUAACGACCUACGAAUGUCACCAAAAUUCUCCACUGAUGAUUUAUUUGACAAGUUGAGUUUACCCAACCUACCUAAUUGGCUUAAGCAAAUCCUGUUAACCUGCUUUGAAAUUUUGCUUUUUCUGUUUGUGUUGUUACUAACUAUUUCCUGUGUCAUAGCAUGCUGCAAGAAGACCAUAACAAAAAAUAUUUUUCUGGCCGUGCAUGAAUCAAACUAGAGAGGGGAACAUGUGGAGGAGCAAGGAUCAGAAUGGGAAUGAUUUCAGGAAUGGAAAAAGAUAUACAGUGAUUGAAAAGACUUUAUUAUAUGGACUUUACAGUUCUUAUGUGUUUACAAAUAUCUACAUUGUAUGAUUUCCCCUACAGUUGUAAUACCCAGGCAUGUCCAAGCAUGCCACAAGUUGUCUGCUC